UGAAAUGUGUUUACAAUCCCAACACGUGUUUGACUUUCAAAGCCAUGUUUUACCGAUGAUUUUGAAUUGAGUGUUCAUUUUGCAUACAAUUUGUUGACAAUAUAAUUGACACCAAAUAUCAAUGCAUUUGAUGGAAAGCAUGGAUACAAACAGCGAUUCAUUGAUUUUGAAUAUAUUUCACUCCAACGAGAGUCCCAACAAAAAAGCAAAACUUCGCCAAAAAGUGCAGAAAAAGGCGAUCCAUAAGAAAAAUACUGAUAAUAGCGCCGAAGAUAAUGCCGACACCGAUGGCAGGACAUCGCCGGACAGGUCGUGGAUGGAUAGGACGUCCAGUCGGCCGGACAGACGACCCCCGGGUGGGGACAGACGGGCCGACAAACGGGCGGACAAUCGGUUCAGUUAUGCGAAACUCAAUUCACGCCUCUUUGACAGCGCUUCCCAAGACGUGCCACCAAUCCAUAUAGUGGACACCAAGAGUCGAGUGGAACCGGUGUUCUCGUCGCACAACUACAGCGAACUCUCAUUACACCCGUAUUUAGUGAAGUGUCUGAGCGAUAGGCUGUCCAUCAGUGAGACCACAUCCGUCCAGCAGAACUCCAUACCGGCGCUGAUGUCCGGCUCGGACGCACUCAUCAAAUCGAUGACCGGCUCCGGCAAGACGUUGGCGUUUGCCGUUCCCGUCGUACAGGACUUGCAAUCACUGGCGCCGCCCAUCGGUCGCAGCGACGGCGUCCACGCCCUGGUGAUUGUGCCCACCCGUGAGCUGGCCCUCCAGUGCUACGAGUGCUUCUCCGUGUUGUGCCAGUCGUUCAAACGGCUCGUCACUGGCUAUCUGUGCGGUGGCGAGAAGAAGAAGUCGGAAAAGGCGCGCAUCAGGAAAGGGAUCAACAUUUUGGUGACAACGCCCGGCCGGCUGUUGGAUCACAUGCAGAGCACCGGUAAUCUGCGCCUAAACCGUGUCAAGUGGUUCGUCGUGGACGAGGCGGACCGGCUAUUGGAGGCCGGCUUCGAGGAGUCCGUCAAGAAGGUUAUGGACCACCUCUACAGCGUGUGCACAGUUAGGCCGCAAACGGUGUUACUCUCGGCGACGUUGACCCCGGGGGUCGAGCGCUUGGCCGGUAUGAGUCUCAACGAGCCGCAG